AUAAUCAUUAGUUCGUGUUAAUGACAAACAUCCCACCACAUUAUUCAGAUCACUUUAUAACACAAAGAUAUAAUAAGGCUUUAUAUUUUGUUCAGCAUUUACAUGCAAGCUCAAGUUUUCAACCAACAAAAAAUCAAAAGUUAGAAUUAUAUGCCCUUUAUAAACAAGUAUCAGAAGGAAAUAUUAGUACACAAAGACCAGGUUUAUUUGAUGUAGUUGGUAGAGCAAAAUGGGAUGCAUGGAAGAAGCUUGAAGGCCUUUCACAACUAGAAGCAAGACAUCUUUAUGUAGAAGCUCUUUUAAGGAUUGCAACAGAAGCAUAUAAAAAAAAUGCUGGAAGGGAAGAAGCACAGCGAAUUAUUCAUGCAUUUGCUAUUAUGCGACCUUCUGGGAACGAUGAAAGUGAUGACGAUUUAUUAGAUGAUACCACAGACGAUGCUACCUCAAAUCAAGGAGAAGAUUCUAGUGUAGAUACUGAAGAGCAAGCUUAUCUUCGUGAUAUUCAAGAAAGUAAAGUUAUUCCUUUUACUGUACCUGAUUCAGUUACACCUUAUAGUUCACCAGAUCAAAGGCAACAACAGCAAAGGAAAGGAACAACUAAUAGACCAGGUUCAGUAGCAUCUAUACAAACAAUGGUGACUGCACCCGAAACACCACGCCAGCUGCCACUAAAUCGACCACCUUCUUCAGCAGCUAACAACAGUAAUACACACAUCACGGUUAACAGAUCAAGGACAUCUUCUAGGUUAAGCCAUAGCAGUCGUGGAAAUGAAAAACAUCCUAUACGACCUAACAGUAAAAAUUUAUUAAAUGAAGCAGACGAUUUUAUUAUCGAUGCUAACGUGAAUCCAUGGCAGCAAAUUCCAACAAUUUCACACAAUACUAACUAUAGUAGUAACAGCAGUGAUGACGAAAAUCAUAAUAGGAAUCGAAGUAGAACGCCUAUAAACCAUUUAUUACGUAAGCAACCCUCUUCUCAUCAUAAUAUGAAUCAACGGUUACCUUCAUCUAUGAUGUACUCGUCAAAAAGAAUAGCAACUCCAGCAAGCCAACACAUCUUACCUUCUCCAUCACCUCCUCCUUCUUCCUUUUAUCUUCAACAACAGCAAUUACAUGGAAUAACAUCUAUAGUACAGCAGCAAAGACAUUCUCCUGUACCUGGAUCAAGUACAUCUUCAUCUGUCACAGCAACCCCACAGAAUCUAAUAAGUGACUCAAAUAAUAGAAAUCGAAAUUAUCUUUUUGGUAUCCAACAAGAGGGACAAUCAUUAUAUACAGUUGCUUUAGAUCCAACUAUUAAGCGAGCACUUGAAUCAUUGCAGAAUGAAGUUACUACAUUAAAUGAGCGUGUUGAUGGUUUAAGGAGAGAGAUAAUAGAAAGAGACAAACAGAGAAAGAUAACAAUAGCAAAUUCAGGAAAUAAUAAAGAUGAUUCAUCUGAUAACAUAAUAGACGAAGGAUGGAAAUGGGUAUUUAAGGCGGCUUUAAAGUAUGCAGGAAUUAAUUUGUUAACGGUUUUGAUUUUAUUUCUUAUAUUAUAUAAGAGUGGAAGUCCACUAGCUAAUGUUAUUUUGAAGCAAGCAAGUAAAUUAUGGUAUUCAAUUAAAUUUCGCACUUUAAUAGCAAAUAAAAUUAAUAUAUAA